CAAUGACACCUCCUACAUCGUUGCGCUAUAUCUUACCAUGAAAUACCCUUUGUAUUCAUCACUUCUCCUAGCCCUUCCAGUAGCCCUAGUGGCUUCGGAAGCUUUCGGGGACAGGGAAUCUCUCCUCAAAGACAACAAGGCCUGGUAUCUGACGGAUACCCAUAUUCACGCUCUUCCGCCAGGUUACAAAAAUGCUGUUGCGGAUGCUGGUGGCGAUCCAUCUGGCUUUCACACCCCGGAUUGGUCUGAGGAAGGCACGUUGGAAAGCCUGAAUUUGACCGGAUCUGCUCGGGCGGUGCUCUCGGUCUCAACACCAGGAAUACCCAUCGCUGGCACCGGCCAGCAGGCCCGUGAUCUCUGCAGAGAAACAAACGAUUAUCUCGCCGAACUGGUGAACAAACAUCCACUGCAUCUGGACUUCUUUGCUGUCCUUCCGGAUUGGCGAGAUGUAAACGGCACCCUCGAAGAGAUCGACUAUAUCUACUCGACCCAGAAACAAGCUGUCGGUGUGACACUCUACACCUCGUAUGGCGAUCUCCUUCCCGGGGACGCCAUGUUCAAACCAAUCUGGGAUAAACUAGAAAGCUACGGCGCCUUGGCCUUCAUGCACCCAGGAACCAUGAACGUAAAGCCCUUUUUCAUCGGCGGAUUCCUCCCCCAGCCCAUUAUCGAUUACCCUCAACAAACCACCCGCGCCGCCAUGGACCUCGUUAUCAGCGGAGUUAGAUCAAACACGCCAAACGUCGACUUAAUCCUCUCACACGCCGGCGGCACCCUCCCAUUCCUCGCUCAGCGCGCGUACGGCGGUCUCAUCGACGGAGACGUUUCCAAGAACAGUUCCGUCGAUGCGGCGGAAGCCUUGGUCCAGUUCAAGCGCUUUUACUACGACACCGCGCUGAGUAACUCGCCUGCCCAGCUGAGUGCGCUUCUGUACAGUGUCGAUCCGUCGCAUAUCCUUUUGGGAACGGACUAUCCAUACGUGCCUGCGGAAACCAUCAAGGCUAACUUUGAGGAGUAUAUUGAGUUUUUGAAGACUCAUCCGGCGAUUUCGACUGAUGUUUUGACGCAGAAUGCGAUGGAACUGGUUUUGAAACAUGCUCUGUGGAAGUGAUCAGGGUAUUGUGUUGUGCUGGAGUGUCGUUUACACGUUGUAUUUGCUUUGGGUGCAUUAACCUCGUUUCUAUUAUUUUUUCUUUCUACCUGUAAGAUGUCUCCAUCCGUGUGCAGCUUUAAUUCUCAUAGUCUAUCUUUUAUAUAAUAGGAAGCUUUUCAU